CCGCUCCCACGGCGAACUAGCCCCGCCCGAACCGCCGUGUCCCGCGAGAUCCGAGGCCGCAAGGGCUCCCGGAUCUCGGUUCGCCGUGCUUGGAGUUGAAUAUGACCGACGGGAAAAGUGCUCAGGUUGACCUUGAGGAAGGAAUUAAUCAAAUGGCUAAUGACAACAACUCAAGUAGCCCUGCAACUAUGGAGAAGAUGAAAGCUGAUAUGGAAGAUGCUGGGAGCAAAAUUGAAUCACCAACUCUAGAAAAGCCAGAGUCUGAAAGGGAGGAGAUUGUUGUCAGCUCAUUGGCAACUAACUUACUUGCAGAGAGUUACAAGGACAUAUUAGCUGAGAAGCUGUUGGGAAAUGAGGAUGAAACAGACGAUGAAGAUGAUAAUGACAAUAUUUUGUUGCCUGGUAGCAGCCAAUCUUCAGUUCCAAACGGGCUUCUUGAGAAACACAAGAAUUUGCUAAAUCUUUUCAACCGGAUGGAGAGUUCUAUAAGGUUGCUGCGUCUGAGGAAGAAGAUGGCUACAUUUAAGGACAUUGCAACCCAAGUGGAAGUACUUACAAAGAGGAAGUUCUUGUACACUCAUUUGGCCCAGAUGAAACAUUUAUUCCCAGAAGCAAUCCAGAUAACUAGGAUACUCCUGCAUGAUGAGAAAAACAUAUGCAUGUAUGCUGACAUGGAAAUCACACUUCGAAUGGACACUGUGGAGUGCAGCAAUUCUCAUGAGUCUCCAGCCAUGGCAAUUUGCGAGGCUUUUCGCUCAAAGCUUUUGUGCUUUUUGGAAUCUCAUCAUGAGGAUAUUGACAUUCCUGAGGCCACACUACCAGAACCCUUUAAUUCAAGGGAGGUGUUGUAUCUUGAUACACUGCAUAAUGGGCAUUCUGCUCAGCGAGUUCUUGUUGAUUCAAAGGGGGAGCUGUAUCUUGAUAAACUGCAUAAUGGGCAUUCUGUUGAGGGAGUUCUUGAAAGUUCCUCUGAAAAUGGAUUUUCAAAUUCUUCUCACUUCCCUCAAUCCUUUCAGAAAAUCAUGUCCCAGAAAAGUAUUGCUAAAGUUACUAAAAAGACUCAACUGCUUUCUGAUCCAGUAGAAGUGAUCUUCCUGGGUGCUGAUGAUACAGGAGCUCCAGAUGCAAGCUCUACCAAGCAUGUCUCUGUUCCAGCCAAGACCAAUAUUUGUGAUACUCCAAACCGCCAUUUGAUCUCUUUCUCUGAAAAAGAUACACCAAAGCAAGCCAUCUCGCAUUCACCAUUGAUGGCCGAAACACCACAAAUGCAGACACCAAAAAGGCCAUUGCCCACUCCACUUGGGAAAAUAGAAACCUCAAGUAGACAUGGAUCUGAAGCACGAUCUGCCAGUUCAGCACGCAGAUCACUAGUAAUGUUCUCACCAUCAAAAUUUGAUGAAAGCCCUUCUGCUGACACAUCAAAGCUUGACAAGGAUGGGGCGUUUGUCGCAGAAGAUGAGGUUAUAGCUGGAAAAUGCCUUUUCCCAGAAGAAACAUGUACUUUUACCAGCACACUGGUGGAAAAGGAUACUGACAAAACCAAUCAAGUACCCUCGACGAAUUCCCAGGAAAAGCUAGAUUCAUUACGUGCCACUUUCGACAUUGUCUGUGGCAUCUCUGGAUCUUCGAAGAAUUCCUUAAUCACUAAACAAGAACUCGUUCACAAUAUUCUGGCUAAUAACCUGGAUAUAGAAGAGACAGGAGAGAUAGAAGAACAGUUGCAUAUCUUGGAGGAUCUUUCUCCCGAGUGGUUAUCUAAGAAGUUCCGUGGUGGAGAAGUUCUUUACAGCAUUAAACAAAUACCAGACCAGAAGUUAGUUCGGGAAAGACUCGUGGAAGUCAUUUGAGAUCUGUGCUAAGCUGAAGAACCUGGAAAAAUCUGUACGUACUGAUUUGUCGGGAGUUGACCAGUCGUGUUACUUAUCAUCAUGGAAUCCUCUUGAUUGCACAGUCAGUGCUUCAAUCAAGUAUCAAGCAUCAUGGAAUGAUUCUCCAUGGAUCUGUACGGAGCCUUGAGUUAGCAGCUCCAUUUGUUGAUUUCUUGUGUAAUGCUGGAGUUGACCGAGUUGAAUUUGCAUCAUGGGGGAAUGCAUUCUUCCUGCUUAAAAGAUGCUGCAUGCAUGCUGUAGUUUAGAUGGAACCAUGCUGGAGAACCUUCUGUAGAAUUGAACGCAUCAUUUUCUAUGGAAUUUAACCGUGUUCGUUACUCGCUUUGUGAUGCUCUA